CUCUCUGGCUUUUUAAAGGCAGGAGGGAGCCCGAAGGCAGGCAGACCACAGGCUGGCAACCUCGCUCUGCUUGCCUGGCAGCCAGUGCCCACCGCAGCUGCGCCUGACCAGCCGUCCUCUGGGCGCCUCUCCCGCAGGAAUGGAGAAAACAGGUGCAGAUGCACUCCCUCUGACUGUGAAUUCCACAGAAAAGCAAGAAACUAUUUGCAUCUUUGGAACAGGGGAUUUUGGAAAAUCCUUGGGAUUUAAAAUGCUUCAGUGUGGUUAUUCUGUUGUUUUUGGGAGUCGAAACCCCCAGAUGUCCAGCCUUCUGCCCAGGGGAGCAGAGGUCUUGAACUAUUCCGAGGCAGCAUCAAAGUCUGACAUCAUAAUCUUGGCCAUGCACAGAGAGCAUUACGAUUGCCUCACAGAACUGGUUGACCCUCUCAAUGGAAAAAUAUUGGUAGAUGUCAGCAACAACCGUAAAAUCAAUCAGUAUCCAGAAUCGAAUGCUGAGUACCUUGCUCAGUUGGUGCCAGGAGCCCAUGUGGUCAAAGCAUUUAACACCAUCUCAGCCUGGGCUCUCCAGUCAGGAACAUUGGAUGCAAGUCGACAGGUGUUUGUCUGUGGGAAUGACAGCAAAGCCAAGCACAGAGUGAUGGACGUUGCUCGUACCCUUGGACUCACUCCAUUGGACCAAGGAUCUCUCGUGGCAGCCAAUGAAAUUGAGAACUACCCUCUGCAACUAUUUCCAAUGUGGAGGCUCCCUUUCUACCUGUCCUCUGUGCUGUGUGUCUUCUUCUUUGUGUACUGUGUCAUACGAGAAGUGAUAUACCCCUAUGUGAAUGAAAAGACUGAUACCACAUUUCGCCUGGCUAUUUCCAUCCCAAAUCGUGUCUUUCCUAUAACAGCACUCGUCCUGCUUGCUUUGGUGUACCUCCCUGGUGUUCUUGCUGCCAUCCUGCAGCUCUACAGAGGUACAAAGUACCGCCGGUUCCCAAACUGGCUUGACCGUUGGAUGCUGUGCAGAAAGCAGUUGGGCUUGGUAGCUCUGGGAUUUGCCUUCCUUCAUGUCAUCUACACACUUGUGAUUCCUAUCCGUUACUACGUACGCUGGAGAUUGAGAAAUGGAACCGUUACUCAGGCCCUGGCUAAUAGAGACAACCCAUUUAGUACCUCUACGGCCUGGCUUAAUGAUUCCUACUUGGCGCUGGGAAUCCUGGGAUUCUUUCUGUUUCUUCUCUUGGGAAUCACUUCCUUGCCAUCAGUAAGCAACACGGUCAACUGGAGAGAGUUCAGGUUUGUCCAGUCUAAACUGGGCUAUCUGACCCUGGUGUUGUGCACAGCCCACACCUUGAUGUAUGGCGGCAAGCGAUUCCUCAGCCCUGGGAUCCUAAGGUGGAGCCUUCCUUCGGCCUAUAUUUUAGCCCUCAUCAUCCCGUGCACAGUGCUGGUUAUGAAGCUCAUCCUCAUAAUGCCGUGCAUAGACAGGACCCUCAUGCACAUCCGUCAGGGCUGGGAAAGGAGCUCGCAACACUCAAAAUCAGCAAUGAACGGGAAAUCCGAUAUUUAGAAACAAAGAUGAAUUUGUGGAGAUUUCUGAACUCCUGGAGCGAAAUGUUUGGAUAGUAGUGUCCAGUUGAGAAAGCAUCGUCUCUUGUCAGGGUUCAUCAUCACAGAAGGAAGUGUUUUCUGACUUUGAAAGACUUUGGAAGGGGGCACACACUGCUCCUCUCACGUGAUGACUCACUGUAAGCCUCCCUCACUUCCUUUCCCAGGAACCCUGGGGAUGCCACUGUGAUGAGCUUCGCAGUUUCGCACCAUGAAAUUUCUUAAUUAUGGGCGACACCCAUGAUGUAAUGUUUUGCAAAAUGCUGGGCGAGUGUAUACAACUUCCUUCUCUAAUUCAAGGGCUAACGUAAGUGGGGACAAAAAAGAACUCUGAUGGUCAUCCUAAAGGCGUCUAAGAAGCAGCCCAAAUGAAGUAAAAUGAACACUGUUUGUUUCUGUAAGGAGUGGUGAUCACAAGUAUUGUCAUAGUGAUCUGGGGCUGUUUUGGUUUGGGGGUAGCACUGAACAUCAAGCCUAGGGCCUUAUACAUACGAAGCAAAUGCUAUCUUACUGAGCUACACCCCAGCCCUGCCAUAGUGAAUAUGGAGUGAUUUCUACCCCUCGAUUUUGUUUUUACCUUUGUGGAUACUUACUAUGGGGAAAUAUUUUUAUAAAACAACAAAAAUAUCUCAAUUGGUUUAAAGUAACUGUUCCUUGAACAUAUAGAGAUCUAUGUAGUUAUCACAAGAUUCUUCCUCUACAAGGAAUGGGUUGAAUCUGACUAAGAGUGGAGAGAUCCAGGACUCAGCAAAGUCUUGGCGAGAGUGGAGAGGUCCCUUGGAUUUUUCAAUGUGCAAUAAGGGAAGGGUUGAUAAUGACCUUGUGCAAAAAUGUCAAAUAAGCCAUAAUUGUAGCUAGUAAGCUAAAGAAAUAUUGUGACGUUUCACUGUGCUUUUUGGUGUUAUUGAGUGUGGUAUUAGGCAUCUGUGAAGUCAAUUUCUAGUAUAAAGAUAUAGCUUCCAAAAUCCGUCUUUGUGAUAAUUUUGAGGGGUGAAGCUUUUGAAGAAAUUAUCUGAAACUGUUGGUGUGCUACAAGCACAGCUGAGAAAAUUGUGAGAUACUGGGAAGAGCAGUAGCUGAUGGGAUAUCGCCAGCUCUACCCUCCCCCUGAGGAAAGAGCCUUUUCCAAGGUGACCUUUAACAGGCUCAGUAUCCUAGCUCUAGCCUGCAGCUAAAAGGAGAUUUUUGCACAAUCAUCCCACAUGUCACUGAAAUAACUAAAAGGCCUUGGGUUUGACAUUUUUCUGCCUAAUCUACAAAGGCUGCUUAUUUUUCAUUUUGUUGGCUUUUAUUAUCACAUAUCAUACAUGAUAUCAUACAUUGCUCACAAUCCAAGUCUUUUUAUAUAAAGCUUAUGUUAUACAAAAAUGGGCAUUUCUUUUACUAUUGCUGUAAUAGAACAUGUAAACUGUAUCCAGUUUUUGUUAAAAUGACAAAUGAGAUAAUGUCUUUGUACUAACAAUGUAUUUCUGUAUUUUCAAUUAUUUCCUCAGAAUAUUUUCUAAGACUUAAUAAUAUAAAAGUAAAGAAUAUUUGAUAACA